CGGCCGGCAGAGCGGAGGAGGCGGAGCGGGGACCCGGGAGCGGGCUGGCCCGCGCUCCUCCUGCCGGCCGGGGAUUUUCCAGACUGGGCGCUGACGCCGCGGACCUCCCUGCGGCCGCCACCAGGGACCAUGGGCGACAAAGGGACGCGAGUGUUCAAGAAGGCGAGCCCCAAUGGAAAGCUCACUGUCUACCUGGGAAAGCGGGACUUUGUGGACCACAUCGACCUUGUGGACCCAGUGGAUGGCGUGGUCCUGGUGGAUCCUGAGUAUCUCAAAGAGAGGAGAGUCUAUGUGACACUGACCUGUGCCUUCCGCUAUGGCCGGGAGGACCUGGAUGUCCUGGGCCUGACCUUUCGCAAAGACCUGUUUGUGGCCAACGUGCAGUCCUUCCCGCCGGCCCCCGAGGACAAGAAGCCCCUGACACGGCUGCAGGAGCGCCUCAUCAAGAAGCUGGGCGAGCACGCAUACCCCUUCACCUUCGAGAUCCCUCCGAACCUCCCUUGCUCGGUGACGUUGCAGCCAGGGCCUGAAGACACCGGGAAGGCCUGUGGUGUGGACUACGAAGUCAAAGCCUUCUGUGCGGAGAACCUGGAGGAGAAGAUCCACAAAAGAAAUUCUGUACGUCUGGUCAUCCGGAAGGUUCAGUAUGCCCCAGAGAGGCCCGGCCCCCAGCCCACAGCCGAGACCACCAGGCAGUUCCUCAUGUCGGACAAGCCCUUGCACCUGGAGGCCUCCCUGGAUAAGGAGAUCUACUACCAUGGAGAACCCAUCAGCGUCAACGUCCAUGUCACCAACAAUACCAACAAGACAGUGAAGAAGAUCAAGAUCUCGGUGCGCCAGUACGCGGACAUCUGCCUCUUCAACACAGCGCAGUACAAGUGCCCCGUGGCCAUGGAAGAGGCUGAUGACACAGUGGCACCGAGCUCAACAUUCUGCAAGGUCUACACGCUGACCCCCUUCCUGGCCAACAACCGGGAGAAGCGGGGCCUGGCCCUGGACGGGAAGCUGAAGCACGAGGACACGAACCUGGCCUCCAGCACCCUGUUGAGGGAAGGUGCCAACCGUGAGAUCCUGGGCAUCAUUGUUUCCUACAAAGUAAAAGUGAAGCUGGUGGUGUCUCGGGGCGGCCUGUUGGGAGACCUUGCAUCCAGCGAUGUGGCUGUGGAGCUGCCCUUCACCCUAAUGCACCCCAAACCCAAAGAAGAACCUCCACAUCGGGAAGUUCCAGAGAACGAGGCGCCAGUAGACACCAAUCUCAUAGAACUUGACACGAACGAUGACGACAUUGUAUUUGAGGACUUUGCCCGGCAGAGACUGAAAGGCAUAAAGGACGACAAGGAGGAAGAGGAGGAUGUUACUGGCUCGCCACACCUCAACGACAGAUAGACUGGGGCCGACCUCCCUCGGGGCAGCUCCGGUCCACUCUCCCGCACUAGGAUGCUCACUCGUCUUCUUCCCGUUCUGGUUUUCCUCCCCUUUGUUCUUCCAGUUUCUACCAGGGGGCCUUGUGGUCUCCAGGUCUUAGUGAUGGACCUCGGGCCUUGGGACUGGUCCCACAUCACCAUGCCAACAGGACCGCAGUGCACCGAAUUCACCCCUCUCCAGAGCCACCUCUCCACUCCCUUCCCCUUUUUCAUGCUCACUCCCAGAAAGGCCACCAUGACCCCAGUCUCAGGAUUUGGCUUGAAAUGGGCAGUGAAAAGGGGAGGGUGUGCAGGAGGGAUGUGGCCGUGGUGGGCAUGAGGACUCAGAGGUGGGCAGGUGGGCUCAAGAUGUAGAAGAUGCCUGGAGUCCCAUUGGUAGCGCGGUUCUGCCUGCUGAAGGAUGACCAUGUGGGUGGUCCCCCUUCUGGCUGGAGGGGCAGAGCUGGAUAGAGUCCCAAUGCCUGUCUGCAGUUCCGACCCACCAAAGACCUCUCCUCCUUCACCUUCACCCCUGCCCAGGUCCUUUCAUCUUAUAGUGGCAUUGGUGAAGACCUGUAGAUGCCAGAGUGGAGAAAAAUGGUUGAUUGACUUUUGUACCAGCAGAUACCUGGGCUGAGGCCAGUUGUGUGAACCAGCCAGGUACAUUUCGGCAUUGUCAGAACGUGGCAUCUUAGCUACCGUGUGCACAGAGAUGGGAAGGAGCAAGUGCCAGCCCCCGGCAGGGGAGGUUUCCAGAGCGCUUUCAAAGGUGGGGCAGGGGGUGGGAAGAUGAGAAUCCACUUACUUUCUUCCUUCACUGAUUUAAGAUGAUCACCAGGAGCAAGGCUGGAAAGCCAGAGGCAGCUGGGCCACCACUGUCCCUGUCUCCCCGCUGUAGUUCUCCAGGGCUGUUGGACUGGGCCGGCCUUGCAGGUUGGGAAAGACAAAGUGGAGGCCACCAGGCCCUCUGUCAAAGGGGCUCCUUCCCCAGUAGGCUCCUUCCAGAUGCUCUCCCCCAAAGGGGAGGAGGCUGCUUUUUUUUUCCCUUUGGGAGUCGAUGACUCCAGAGGUUCCCUGUGUCAUGGGUACCCUGUACCCAUCAGCUGAUGUUGGUGUGAUCGAGACCUGGGACAUUUCUCAGGAAAACAGGGCAGACAGCUGAUAAAGUAGAAAGUGUUAAAAGGUAUCCAUCCUUCUUGUCUGGUCUUUGAUGCUAACUUGCUGUGUGACCUUGGGCAAGUUUCUUCCCCCCUCUGUGGGCCUCAGUUCCUCACUGGAAAACCAAGGCAUUUGAACAGAUGAUCUCAAAAGGCCUACCAGCUCUGGCUUCUGAGACUGUGUGAAUAUUAGAGCUUCUGGUGUUCUAGGUGGAGCUGGGACUGCUGACUGCUCUAGCCUCCAGACCUCAGAAGGCAGCGCCCACCCCAGCACCUAGUUCCUCCUCCAGGCCUAAGAAGCACCCUUUUUGGGCUCCAGGAAGUUGCCCAGUGUGAAGCUGUAGCCAUAGUGUGGAUGUAACAAGAUGGGACAGAGCUGAGCUUGCCGCAGCUUGGGUGAGGGUUUGUGAUAGAGCCUCCAGGACCUCACAGCUCCUCUCCCCGAGGAUUCAGACAUCCUGAAGAUUACCCAGGCAGAUCCUUUGAUUAGCAAGGCAAGGGAAUCUCUCCUCUGUUUUUGCCCCCUCCUACUUGGUCCCACAACUGCCUGGAAAGGGGGACAACACAAUCACAUUAUACAAUUGGAUCCGAACUUUUUCCAGCCUGGCAUAUCUGGUGGUGGGCUGGACAACGAUCUUCCACGGUGAAAUGACCCAGUCACCUGGCCCUGCCAGGCGAUCUCAUGAAUCCACAACCCAAGGCACCCCUUCCCAGGUCAGAACUGAGCGCAGGGCAGCCACACUCCUCUGGCCAGUCUGGAGUCCUGCUUGCAGGGUCCUCCUGCUAGAGCUGGCUGGGCACUUUGUGCCCCAUCUGGACAGCUUUAGAGGCCUGGGACACUGGAACAGCAGGUGGCAAACAUGUGCUUUCUGCUGUCUCCCUCUGGAAGUGGAUAGGGGACCCUCUUGUGUUUGGGGUAACCGGUCCCCUGCUGGCCUCUUCCCCCCGUCCUAGCAUGCACAUAGAAGAUCUGUCAGACUGGCUUCUUCCACCUCAACAUUACACUCACCUUUGGGGUUUGUCCCAGUGUUCACUGCAGUUUUUCCAGCUGUGGGGAAGCAGCAGAGCCCUGUCUGUCCUUUUGCUCCUUGACCCAAACUGCAUUUGGCAGUGGUUAAGUUCAGUUGAAUUCAGCCUAACCAUUCUUUGCCGAUGGCUUCACUGCUGUCUGCCUAGCACUGCAGACACAGAAAUGGGCUGUCCUUGGGAAGCUCUUCGCCAGGGGGAAGCUACAAGGUAAGGAAGAGAGCCACUGCAUUCAAGCUGCAUGGCUGCUUCCGGUCCAUGCCCAGCCUUGAUGUGAGUUAGAACCCAGUACUCAUUUCCAGGGGGAUUUGGACACUAGAAUGACAGGCUUGUGGGUGGAACAUGGGUUGGAUUUUGGUGCCACUUGUCCCUUGGCCAGGUGUCUUUCUGUGGAGCUGUGCUGCAGUCCUGUGGGACAUAGGCCAAAGUGUAUCAUUGGCAUCUUCUUGGAGAGGAGGAUCCAGAUCAUCUUUCCAGACACCGCAGCUCCCCUAACAUGACUGAGUGGUUCUCUUUAGGGCUUCUGCUUUCUGGAGUCAACCUGGCCAGGUGACACCCAAUUUCACUAGGAGCUAGAGAGCCUUAGUAGGCCCAAGAGCCACAUUUUUUGACUCCUUUUGUUGCCUGUGCCAAACCAGCAGCCCCGCACUGGUACUUUCCAGUGGGCCAUGUGGGUGGUACAUUGAUCAAGUCUGGCAGGAAGGAAGAACUUGCUUUGAGUGAAAGCACCAAGCUGAGGGCUGGCUGGAUUCACUCAGCACCUCCACUAAGAGAAGAGUUCUGUCCCUGGGAAGAUAAGGACUGAGUUAUUCAGCAGGGCCCCGUGGGCUCGUCAGCCUUACAGCCCAGACAAACGAGAGUGGUCUCAUCUUGGUUUUAGUUUGCCUGGGAGAACAGCUGACAGCCGGUUCCCCCAUGGUGCAGUGAAAAGAGUGUUUCUUUGGAAAUCCCAAGUGCCACCUUUCGGUCCUGGCUGUCAUCAGCCAGCUGGGUAGCCUUGAACAAGUGACUCAAAUUAAUGGGUGCAGUUUCCCUAGCUGGCAUGGAGCAACGAUCCUUUCCCUGCCUGACUCAGGCAUUGUUGUGAGUCCCAGGGGAGAUGGAACUCAUGGCCAGUUGUCUUUUAAGUAGCUCAAGUGUGGCCCUGCAGGUGCAAGGGCACGGCCCAAGGUCGCACAGGGGUUUUGCUGUGGGCUGCGCCAUCUUCACACCAGUCUCCCUCUCUUGCCUUGCUUCUCACUUAGGUAGAUGUGAACUAGAAUGAGAUUCAGUCAGUUUGGCCUUGGUGACCCAGCUGUGGACACUUCUCAGGACUCACAAGCCCAAAGAUGGGUCCAGGAUCCAGGUCAGAGAGAAGACAUGGGUGUUGUCCGUGACUGGAGGACAAGGCCAUUUUAGGCUCUCUCAGGCCUAGGCUAUCCACAUUGCCCACCUCUCCCCUCAUAGAGGUCAAGAAGCCUUGGCCAUGACGCCAGUCAAGGAGCUGACCUCGCUAUUUUUCCAUCAAAGAAAUCCAAGAGUGAGAGGAAAUAGAAAACGCCUGCUCCUUCCCUUCAGACUAUACAGACCCAUCCAGGAUUAACCAGAGCAACAGUGGCUUCUUGGUGACACUUGGGAGGGCCUGGGGCCCAAAAUGCCCAGGUUUCUUGCCCCAAGAACUGAGCCCUGGUUGAUCCAUCCCCAGUGGUUUCAGCAACUCAGAGAGGUAGCUGCUUUCCUGCCAAUGACUAGGGCCUAGACACGCUCCACCACCCAGGAGGGAGGCCACCAUCUUGCACUCUUAUAGGGUUUCAUGGAUACAGGCCUAUGCCUGUUUUGAUAUUUUUCUUUUUAAACACAAUAAGGACCAAAAGAGACUCCCCUGAUCCUCACUCAUCCAGCCUGUUGCCAUCAUCCUGGUCCUGGCAUCUCUACCACCUUUGCCCUUCUUCCUGGCCGACCAGAAGCAGCCAAACCUGUGGGGGCAGAUCUCCACCUCUGUCUUGCCCUGUACAGUCACCACACAGCAGCUUCAAAGGGAGGCCUGCAGGAGUGGGGAGCACCUUCUCCCAGCACUCUCCCAACUUGUCAUCCCCAAAGAGAAGUCAAAGCACAGGUCCCCGGGACCCAUGACCUGCAGACACUUUGUCACAGUGGUUUUCCAACCAGGCACUGUGGAACCCCUGGCACGUUCUGUAGAACCCUUGGUAUGCCGCAGAGCUUUGUCAGGGGAUGCUCUGUGGGGACACGGGAGUGGAGGUGAGCAGGGGCUGAGCCUGCAGCCCCUCCUCCAAUCCCACUCUGCCCCCAGAACAGCUCUGCUUUUAUCUCUUGCCUACUGAGGUUUCACUUUCAGGCUUUGUUUUGAAGAAAAACUUCAAACCACCAUUCUGAGGUUUGAUCUUAGACCAGCAAGCACAGGUUCUAUUCUUGCUUUUCAUGUUGGAGCAGCUUCAGCAUUCCAAAACCAAGUGUCUUUGUAGUGAAUGUGGGUCACACACCUAGGCCCAGUUCUCUCUAACACACUCUCUGUCUCUCUGUCUCUCAGACGCACACAGGCACACAUACAUGUACACGUUUGAUGGUUUUCUAGCCAAUCCCCUCUGUAGCUCUGGCCUGGAUUUGAUGUGGGCAGGGCCUGGUGCUUAGUGAGGAUGGAGCUUGUCCCUUGAUACUGACCAUGCAGCACAGGGGACCAUGGAGCAAGGAAACAGGCCCAGUCCCCACCCAGGACUCCUAUCUGCACCCAUGUGACACCCCACUUCUGAGCCAGGCCCAUGGGACGACAGGGGGAGCAGGGUGAGGGGAAAUGAAGCUAGAGCCGGGUUCCCCUUUGCCCACUGCCCGGCGGCUGGAAGUCUGGUUCUGCAGAACACUCACACUGAGGCCAGAUUCCCCCAGAGACCUUUUAACAGCAAGUUUCCAUCACAUAACUCUAGUAGGCUUCUGCGCCCACAUUUGGGAGCAAUCAAGUAUGUGGACUGCAGGAGGCUCUUGUGCCCAGAAGAGGCACCUGCAGUCUCCCAACUUUUCUGUCCCUCUGCCCACGCCCGUCACCAGGGCUUCCUAGCAUGUGGGCAUUUUGGUGAGACUUGGACCAGCCUUAGGCACAAAGCCCUGCUUGGGCCCUUCUCCUGGGGUGAGAGUGUGAGACUCGGCACUGCAAGCAACAUGGCAUGGUGGAAAGCGUGCCAACUGGUACUUUGUUUAGCAUGAGCGUGCCCCUGCAGGUGCCACUGAUCACAGUUUUCUGUGGGUAAGCAGGAUCUGCACACCUCUCGGGGACCAUUGCAAGGGCCGUGGGGGAGGUGGGAGGUGGGAGGCGGGGAGGUCCUAUGAGGUGGCAGCUAUGAGAGGUGGGUGCCUCAUAAACCUGGGCUGCGACAGUCUGUAGGCCCUCAGGAAGGGAGAGGAGAGCGGUCCUCCCGGGCAUCUGUGCUGGGUGUUAAGGCCCAGUCACAGUUGCUUUGGGGGUGCCUCUUGCUACAAAGUGGGAGGCAGUCAGUGUGUGUGUCCUGGGCAGGAGGGAGAGGUGGCCAGGGCAGACUCAAGUCUGUGACCCUUCUGUGAAGUGACGGUUCUGUGGCACUCAUUCCUGGGUCACCCCAGGGUAAUCUGUUGUACCUGUGGCAUUCCUAAUUCUGUCAGAUAAGUUAUUAUAGUUAUUCAACUCCAACGGGACAAAUGAACAAAAGAACCAUAAAUAGGAGGCCAUUAAAGGUCUUUUAUGACAGAA